GGCGAGCCAAGGGGCGGAGCGCGGCGCCGGACGGGACUCAGAAUGGCGGCCGAGCGCAAGACUAAGUUGUCCAAGAACCUGCUGCGCAUGAAGUUCAUGCAAAGGGGACUGGACUCGGAAACCAAGAAACAACUAGAAGAGGAAGAAAAGAAAAUCAUUAGUGAAGAGCACUGGUACUUGGAUUUGCCUGAGCUUAAAGAAAAAGAGAGUUUCAUAAUAGAAGAGCAGAGUUUCUUGUUAUGUGAAGAUCUUCUCUAUGGAAGAAUGUCAUUCAGAGGAUUUAAUCCCGAGGUUGAGAAAUUAAUGCUUCAGAUGAAUGCUAAAAACAAAGCAGAAGAAGUUGAAGAUGAAACAGUGGAGCUCGAUGUGUCAGAUGAAGAAAUGGCCAGGAGAUAUGAGACCUUGGUGGGGACAAUUGGGAAAAAGUUUGCCAAAAAAAGAGACCGUGCCAAUUAUGAAGAAGAUGAAAAUGGAGACAUAAAGCCAAUUAAAGCAAAGAAGAUGUUCUUAAAGCCCCAAGAUUAAAAUGGAUGCCUUAAGAUAGGGCUCAGGGAUGCCUCGCGAGAGCACAUUUUGGAACUCAUUCUGUUGGUUUCUCUCUAGUCAUUAGUGUUGUUUAUUUGUAAAGAAAUGUAUAAUUGUGAAAACAUGCUGUUUUUGGAACAGAUGUGUGAUGGAUGUUAUACAUCCUUUGCUUAAUGGGAUUCAUCAGGAAUGGAUUUUUAACCCUUGAUCUUCAAACGUACAUAGGUACAUGGUUGCUUCCUAAAGAAUUAUUUAUCUCUGAUUUUUUUUAAAUACAGCUCUCCCAGUCACUGACCUCAUGUUUAUAGUCUCCUUUAAAUUGUUAAUCAUGUCAAACCAUUUCAUGCAUAUAUUUUGGAAUCAAAUGUCAUGAGAAUUUAUUAUAUGUAAAUUCAUCAAGAACAAACAUCUCUCUCCAGCCUAAGGUAUUGCCAUGCUACUAAAUCAUUGUCAGUGUGUGGAAUUAUGCUUUUUUGUUUAAAGCCUUUAAAUACUGUUUAAAAAUAUUGUUCUGUAAUAAAUAUCUGUUUCAUAUA